ACCCCCUCCCCCGCUCAUCAGCAUUUUGGAGUGUAAUAUAGAUAAUAACAGUGUGGGAUGAUUUAGCAGAAUUUUUUGCUGCCCCCUAGGGUAGCAGAAUGUAAUUUUUGCGCUGGUCACGCUGCUCACUUAUUCGUUCACUGACGUUGUGGUUUAGGGCGAGUCGGAAUGGCGUUAGAAUAACAAACAUAAUGUCUUUGAAACCACGUGUGGUGGAUUUUGAUCAAACAUGGCGGGAUCUGAAGGAAACUGUCGAGGGCGUGAUCCAACUUGGAAAAGUCAAAAGAAGUACAUGGAAUGAUCGUUUCCUAGAUGUCUAUGCCCUUUGUGUAGCUUUCCCUGAUAAUUUGGGAGAAAAAUUGUAUGACGAAACCAAAUUGUUCUUGGAGAAUCAUGUGCAAGAUUUAUACAAGGGUGUCUGUGAUACAGAUGAAAAUAUGUUAGUGAAUUACCAGAAGACAUGGGAAAGAUAUAGUGAGGGGGCAAGUUAUUUAGACCAACUUUACAGGUACCUAAACCAGCAAUACAUAAAGAAACAGCGCUUGAGUGAAGCAGAUGUACAAUAUGGCUAUGCUCUAGAAACAAACGAACAGCUGAUGGAUAUAGGAGAGCUUGCUCUAGAUAUUUGGAGAAAGAAGAUGAUACAGCCAUUACAGCAUCAGUUAUUACACCUUACAUUUAGGGAGAUACGGAGGGAUCGGAAUGGAGAAAGUACAAAUCAUCAUAUCCUCCACAGUGUUGUAAAUUCAUUUGUAGAAGUCGAAAAGUACAAGAAAAAGCAGCAGUUGAAACUGUACCAAGAUAUUUUUGAGGAGAAAUUCCUAGAGGAAACAGGACAGUACUAUAAACUAGAAGCAGCAAAGCUACUACAGGAAUGCAAUUGUUCACAGUACAUGGAAAAGGUUCUAACAAGGCUAGGGGAAGAAACGAUAAGAAGUCGUAAAUUUCUACAUCCAAGUUCCUAUCCAACUGUCACGCAUGAGUUCCAGCAACGAAUGGUGGCGGAUCACAUGAAAUUCCUACACAGUGAAUGCAGGGAUAAAGUGCGAGAGGACUCUAAGCAAGACCUAGCAAGAAUGUAUGAAUUACUACGGCCUGUCUCCAAUGGUCUUGGUAUUAUGGUACAGGAACUGGAAGUUCACAUUAAAGAAACUGGUUUAGCUGCUGUUUCAAAUCUCAAGAGAGAGAAUAUCCCAUCUCAGUUUGUGGAGUCCAUUCAAGCUGUACAUAAGAAGUUUUUAGAAAUGAUAAAAGACACCCUUGGAAAUGACCAGGCAUUCACUAAGGCUCUUGACAAGGCCUGUACCGCAAUUGUGAAUCAUAAGCAAAGUCCACAGGAAGUAUGCAGAUCACCGGAGCUACUUGCUAAAUAUGCAGACUCACUACUUAAGAAGAGUUCAAAGGGAUUUCAUGAAUCCGACAUUGAAGAUAAACUUACACAAUGUAUCAUUGUAUUUAGGUAUAUCGAUGAAAAGGAUGUCUUCCAAAAGUUUUAUGCUAGAAUGCUGGCUAAGAGGCUUAUACAUGGUCUUUCUAUGUCCAUGGAUUUGGAAGAAGCAAUGAUAAAUAGACUAAAGCAAGCAUGUGGCUACGAGUUCACAAAUAAAUUACACCGCAUGUUCACAGACAUGACUGUUAGUGAGGACCUCAUUGCAAAGUUUACUGACUAUUGUAAACAGAAAAACACAGACUUAAAUAUCAAUUUCUCCAUUUAUGUCUUAACGGCUGGUGCAUGGCCAUUAGGACAGACAGCACCUUCAAAUUUUGCCAUACCUCAAGAAUUAGAAAAAAGUGUUAACAGUUUUGAGCAAUUUUAUGGAGGUAACUUCAAUGGUAGGAAACUAACUUGGCUACACCAUUUAUGUUCAGGUGAAUUAAAAGUAAAUUGUUUAAAGAAGCCUUACAUUGUCACCAUGACAACCUUCCAAAUGACCACGCUGUUAAUGUUCAACACGUACACGAGUCUGCAGUUUCAAGAACUUACAGAGAACACACAAAUGGCAGAGAAGGAACUCGCUAAAACCUUGCAAUCUCUAGUGGAAGUCAAAUUGCUGAAACAAGAACCACCGUGUCAAAUUACAGAAAAGACUGUAUUUGAAUUGAAUAUGGAUUACUCAAACAAAAGAACAAAAUUCAAGAUAUCCUCAGCUAUGCAGAAAGAAACCACACAAGAGAUUGAGCUGACUCACAGGUCUGUUGAUGAUGAUCGGAAGUUGUACCUGCAAGCAGCUAUUGUAAGAAUAAUGAAAUCAAGGAAGUCAUUAAAACACAACAUUCUUAUACAAGAAGUCAUAAGUCAAGCCCGUGCGAGGUUUACCCCCAGUAUCAGCAUGAUUAAAAAAUCUAUAGAAGCUUUAAUAGACAAGCAGUAUUUAGAUCGUUCAGCAACGGCCGAUGAAUAUGUAUACCAAGCAUAGAUCCCAUAGAUGUAUUAUUUCUGAAUAAUUAGUAGAAUGGAGGACUAUGUUGAUAUGCUUCCCGAGAAGGCAGACCCUCUUCAGUUCUGGAGGAAUGGUUUUUUAACAAUGUAAUUACAACUAGACUUUGAAUCUUGGUAACCAAUUCUUUUUUGAAUGUAUAUUUCUUUACUAACACCAAUAAUAUUUUUGUACCAAGAGUCAUACCUGCAAGUAUGUAAGGUUUACACAGCUAUGAGAGUCUGAAUUAAAGAUAUGAUUAACAGAUAUAAGGGUCUAAUUAUCAGGGGUCCCUAGUUGGUAGAAGUCGUUUCCGGGAGAUUUGAAGUGGCAGAUCCAAGAAUUUGAAAUAGAGGGAGCCAGGGAGAGACUUCAACCUAUAGAAGGUCUAGAUCACUCAGUCCCACUAUGGGUGUGGCUGAGGUAAGAAAAUUUAUGAUUAUGGCACAUCUAGAUGACUGGAAAUAGCUCACUCAGACUUAAAUUUGAAUAUGAUUUUCUUUUUUUCUUUCCAUUGUUUUUAUUGUUUUGAAAAAAUUUAGGGGGUGGAGGGAGGGGCAGCACCUUCCUCCUGGAAUCCACCACUUAUCUGGCUAAUUAGCUUUCUUAAAACAUUUUAUUUUAUUUUGCUGCACAUUGUGAUACCAAUCAGCUGUGUCUUUCGUGAGACAAGUGAUAAUAAAGUUGUGAAAGCAUACAAAUAUGAAUUUGAGGGAGAUGGAUUAUUUUUCGGGAGAUUCUUGCUUGUUUGUGGGAGUGUGGGAGGCCUUCCCAAUUUCCGUGAGGCUCCUGUGAGUGGUGGAUCAUGAAAAGAAUAGAGUAGAAACAAUACAAACUAUGAGAUGGAAGUUUUAUGCUUUGCAAUCUUAGGAAAUCAAUAACAAAUACUGUGUACAGUUAUUUCAAUAAAUGUAGAAUUUUUUAGCCCAUCCUAUUCAUAUCUAUCAUACCGUAUCUGCAUCAGAUUUGUAAGUAAAUAAAUUUACCAACAACAAAGAAUUUGGACUGAGCAAUUUUAAAGACUAUGAUAUUAACAUAGACAUUCCAACCCCCUGAUCAUGGAGAAGUGGAGCCGUUUAGCAAUAGGUAUAUAUCGAAAGUUAAUGGACAGGGGAUAAAUUUGCCAUAACCCCACAGUUUAUUCAGUAAUUAUAGAUGGUUGCUUUAGAAUUAAAUAAAUAAUUUAUUUGAAGAUCUGAUAAUGAAGUUUAUUGAUCAAUUUUUGUACAAUUUAACCAUUUUAGUGCUUUUAAUUCAGAAACUGUCCAGGAAACUAACUGAACGUAUCAAGAUAAUUUGUUUAUAGAUUUCUUUGUACUGUGGGCAUACAAGGAGUCAGUGACAAAGCUUUGGCUGAGGACCUGCACAAAAAACAGAGGGGGUGUGGGGCAUGGGUAACCUCUUUAAGGUUUUACAAUUUUUUUGGGGGGGUGUGAGGUGGGGUGGUUAGAUUUAACAAGGAUUCACCUCCGUUAAUUACAUAAGAAAGUAAAUGUUUGACACAUGGCAUGUGUACUGGGAGUGGCCUGCUUAAGGUCUGCCCAGACUCUAAUUUUGUUCGACAAAAUCAUGUGACAUGCCUAAAUAUGGUCAUGAUGACAUCACAUCAUGACCAUAUAAGCACAUCAUGGCUAUAUAUGGGCAUACUUUUUUGUCUUUUUUUUAGUCUACACGGAUCUAAAAGGUAGAAAUGCUUGAUUACUGGGAAAUAAAGGCAUUUUAAAGGUAGACCUAUUUAUUUUGAGUGCAGGAAAUAAAAUGAGUGCAUACUUACCCAGAUAUAUAUAGACUAGCAUUUUUUUGUAUACAUCAGAGAUCUCAUAACAAGAAAAUAGCACACACUUCAAUUUCUGUGUACAAAUACUGUAAUAUUAAUAGGGCGCCCUCUUGCAAACACAAGUACUUUUCAACUUUGCAGAUCUUAUAAACUAAAGAUUGUACACUUUUCGAUUCUGGGUUCGUAUGCACACUUAUUAUCUAGGAUGACCUCUUUCAAGAACAAUUAUUUUGAGCAAGAUCUUGUAAACCUUGCAUGUAAUCCUGUUGAGUGUGCUAUUUUCUUGUUUCUUUGGUAUACAGUAAUAUUGUUCUCACAUAAUAUGUGAGAACAAUUAAAUGAAUUGUGGUGCAUUUGCUUAGGGCUUAUGAUGUCUCCAUAAUGCGUUCAUACUUCUGAAAAGUAUAGUACAAAUUAUAGGCCUGUAUAUAAAGGUCUAUCUAAAAGAGAGAGAUUAAAGUGCAUAUAAGUUCGAUCUUCCAUUAUCACAGCAAGUUAUUUUAAAUAAAUGCCUUAAUCUUUCUUGCAAAUGUACUAGAAAAACUAACAUGUGUUGUUGGGCAUGCAUGAAAUCUGUGAAGUCUGUUGCAGAUGCCAUUGUAUACCAGGGAUUUGACACGAGCAUAAAUUUGUUAAAAUAUGGGGACAUUUGGGGAUUAGACUUGAUUGUGAGGGAAAACUUGAAAACCAACAGUUGGAAUAUAUUAGCAUUGAUAAUAUAAUGAAAGUAAUUUUACCAUAAAACUAUUAAAUUUAACUCUCUGUAAAACAUGAGAUCAGAAUUCGGGGCCCAGACAAGGUUGUUUGUAGUGCGGCCUCAAUUUUUGUAUUUGUUGCCUGAAACAAUAUGUAUGCACAAACGAAGGUGUGAUGAAUUCGUUAUCGUUCUUGUAUUGUUUCAUGACCUCUUUCAUAUAAUAUAAAUAAUAAUUAAAUUAAUACUACUACAGUAUUGAUCAAGCUAUUGAUCUCGGAAUAUUACUAUUUUCGUUCAGCUUGUUUCCUUGAAUGUUAGUUUUAAUUAAAGCAUGUUCCAUUCAAAA